UGAAUCCUUCCCCAUAAAGGUUGUCGUUCACGUUAAACAGCACAGAUUAGACUCCCGACUGAACAGAACCAUCAAUCCUCCCCUGCUGUCUAGACGAUUUACUACAUAAAUACCGUCAACCCUCGCAUCUAGGCUGAUCCGCAGCCACGUGCCCUGUGCUGCCUGGCACCGGCUUCGUGGAGGGAUGCGUCGGGACUUCCAUUCCUAUACAAUCAUUAUACAUGGAUGGAUGGGUGGGUCAGGAAUUUGUGUUAUUUUUUCCUUAGUUUUGCACUCGCCAGAUAUGUUAGCUUAGAUUAUAGGCUAACAGUCGUCGGUUUUAAAUGCAUGUGAUUUUUCAGGAUGACUGUCGGACGGUAACAUGCGAUGCUGCGGUGUUUUUCUGCUCUGUAAAGUAAGGGUGUCUGUUCGAAUAUAUAUGUAUAUAGGUCUACAACAUUGUAUGUAAUAACGCCACCGCGUAAGUAAGCCAAUACGCCCGGUUAAACUCGCUCCUGCCGGCAACUGCAACUAUAGCGUCCGCUCUUUCUGGGCUCCGCUCCCAGUAAAAUAGACUACCGCAAAUAGCCUAUAUCCAUUAGCGAUGGCCGGUCUGUCUGUUAGGGUGAGCGCCUUCUCCCAUCAGGGAGGCAGGGAAUACAUGGAGGACUUCACUCAGGUGCUGCUGGAGAGGGAGCUCGGGGGUCCGGACCGGAGCAUCCUGCCCUCCGCGGUACCGGGAUCGGUGGCAGCGGAAACCGAAACCGAAAGCAGGCAACAGGACGCGGCGCAGGGCGGCAGCUAUGAUCAGGGGUUCGCAGGGUUUUUCGCCGUGUUUGACGGCCAUGGGGGCGCGGAAGCCGCGCACUUCGCUCGGGACCGUCUGUGGGAUCAUAUUAAGAAGCAGCGUGGAUUUUGGUCCAGGGACAACGAGGAAGUGUCGGCGGCGAUUCGCAAAGGGUUCAUCGCCUGCCACUACGCCAUGUGGAAGGAACUGCCCAAGUGGCCGAAGUCCCCGCUGGGUUUCCCCAGCACCUCCGGCACCACAGCCAGCGUGGUGCUGAUCCGGGACGGCCGCUUGUACGUGGCACACGUGGGUGACUCUGCCGUGGUUUUGGGGGUGCGUGAUCACCCCUCCCAGCGGACGCUACAGGCCGAGGAGGUCACUCAAGACCACAAGCCUGAUGCCCCUUCGGAGAGGCAGCGGAUCGAGGGCAUGGGCGGCAGUGUGAUGAUGAAGUCGGGCGUGAGCCGUGUGGUCUGGAAGCGGCCCAGAACGACACACAGCGGCCCAGUCAGGGGGGGCAUCAUCAUGGACCAGAUCCCUUUCCUCUCCGUGGCUAGAGCCCUAGGUGACCUGUGGAGCUAUGAUUUCUGCAGAGGGGAGUUUCUGGUGUCUCCAGAGCCUGAUGUCAUGGUCGUGACACUGGACCCCCGACGGCACCGAUACAUCAUCCUGGGCAGCGAUGGGCUGUGGGACAUGGUUCCCCCGCAGGAUGCUGUCACCCUCUGUCAGGCCCAUGAUGAGGCGCUGGCCCCGUUCGCUGUGGCAACAGCCCACCGCUUGGUGAGCCACGCCCUCCUCCGGUGGCGGAGACAAGGACUCCAUGCGGACAACACGAGUGCCAUCGUCAUCGCGCUGCUGCAGCCCCGCGAUGCCCACAGGCCCCUACACCGCGACGAGGAGCUGCUCACUCUGGCUGACCUCCCUGAAUAUACCCUCAGCCCCCACUCUGACCCCCCUCCCCCGCAAGGUGAGCGGGCACGAGGGCACCUGACACACCGGGGGCAUCUUCCGAGGCUGGCUGCUCUUCCCGUCGUUUGAGUCCCAGGUGUCAUCGGUACAUCCUCCACCCUGGCCAGACAGCAGCACAUUCCCACCUGAAGGUGGCGCUACGCUCUGUGGGCUCAGCCAACUAAUAUGGAGAUCCUCAGGGGACGAUAUCAGGGGAAAGGGGCAGUGUCUGCUUGGCCAGUGUUCCCAUGUUCAGUUGACUCUGAAAACCCUAUGGAAGGGAGGAGUUACUGCAAGGUGGUGGUGAGAUUUCCGCUCAUGGGAGUUUUACUUACACAAAAAUGUUCUGAGGGCAGAACGAAAAAUGAUUGGUUACCUCUCUGUACAUGCAUCUCUCUGAACCAAUCAUUUUUCGUUCUGCCCUCAGAACAUUUUUGCGUAAGUAAAAUCUCCCACUAGCGGGAUUUACAUCUCGGUUGAGAUUUUCAUAAAAAAAAACUCUCGGCUACGUUAUUCAUAUUUUUCCCUUUCAAAUUAUGGGGCAUCGACAGGCCUGAAGAAUGUGAUCGGUGAGGCUGCCUGACAGCAUCCUGAGGCUGAGAGGAAAGUGCAGGUGAACAUACUGCUUCUCUUGUAGCCUGUAUGCAUGUGGACAGGACAGUGAUCACAGACAUGACUGUUCUUCACCAAAGGAGGUAACCCUGAUUCCACAAGGUUUUUGAAAAGGACUGUUUGCUGUCACAAAGCAUCUAUGUGAUCAAUAAA